AUGGCCCUUGGCUGUCUCAUCACGUUGCUACUCGUCCCGUCGCUUGUCUCGGGAGCUGCAAUGCCCUCGCAAGGCGGCGACGCGUCGCAGCAAGCGCAACAGAUGGCGGACGAUGCAGCCAAGGCGCUACAGGCCAGAAUAGAUCAAUUAAACGCCGCUCUCGCGAAAGUCACUGCGGAGAAGCUGCAGGUACAGAAAACCGUGGCGCAGCUAGCCGAGGUCGUUAAGAACAAGGCGGCUGCUUUGUCCCAGGCGAAAGACGCGGCGAGUGCUGCGACGAAGGCGAAAAUCGCCGCAAUCGCGAACGCGAACGCGAAAGCGGCGGAACUCGCGAAAAACGCGGACAUUGUGAAAAAGGCGAAAGCUGCGGCAGAUGCGGCCGGCAAGGCGACGGCCAAGGCGCAAGCGGCGCUCGAGAGCGCGAAAAAGAAGGCGGCGAGUUCGCCGACGAAAGCUAACACGGGCGCGUUGGCGACGGCACAGAAGGACUACGAUGCGAAGUUCGCAGCGUCGCAAACGGCGCUCGCGAGCCUCGCGUCUGCGAACUCGGCCUUCUCUACAACCGCCGCAGAUAAAGCUGCAGCGGAUAAGGCGGCGGCGGAUGCGACGGCGAGGGAGAGGGUAUCGCUGAAGCAGGCUUCCGUUGCGGAGGCAGAUCUUAACGACGCGAGUAAGCAGAAGAGAUCGGCGGACAAGCUCGCCGCGGAGAAAGAGGCGGCGGAAAAGGCGGCGACGUCCAUGGCGUCGGCAGCGCGAAUCGCGGCGGAUAGGGCGGCGUCGUCGAUGAUCACGACUGUGACUACAACGGGGCUGUCGUCUACCGCGACGGUGACGUCGACAACGAAUACGAACAACACAUCUACCGGCAGCACCUCGACUUCCACCUCCUCCACCUCCUCCUCCUCGAUUCUCGGCAGCGCGGUUUUCAACGACGACAAGUAUAACCACGCCGUGGGACUUAACGACUGCGGCCCGCCUAACGACGUCACUUGCAGCGACGCGCCGACGACCUCCACGGGCCGGCUCAGCCGAUACGUGAUCCCUAACGGCGGGCGAUGCGCGGGCGCAGUUGCGCCGGUGUGCGCGGGAGGGGGAAUCACGUCGGCGGAUUGCGCAACCGCAUGCGCCAACAUGGUCAACUGCACCUUCUGGCAGCACUUCCCCCCCCCUGAAGCGACCCAGUGCACCAACUGCGGAGUGUGCUUCCUCUACCAGCCCACGGACCCUGCGCCCAAGUGCCAGACCUCCAUGAUCUUCGCAGGCGGAAUCAACCGCCUAGAGGCCAACUACCCUGGGACGGGCGUGACGACGUGCACGGCUCCUCUGGACAUUCCCUGCACGGACAACUGCACGGACAACAGCGGUUUGAACGGUCGCUACUUCAUCCCCAACGGCGGGCGGUGCGCGACGGGCACGACUCCCCGGUGCUUCGGAAACGCCGUUCUGCGCCGACAGUGCUGCGCGGCGUGCACCAACUCGACUGCGUGCUCCUUCUGGCAGCACUACAUCCCGUCGUCGCUCUCGUGCUCCAACUGCGGUAUCUGCUACCUGUACAAGCCCACGGACGCGCAGCCCACUUGCGAGACGCGCACGGUGGUUGUGAACGGCGCGACGCGCACGCUGGUGAACGCGUCGACUCUGGGCCGCCCGUGCCCGUACACGAAGCACGACCCUCACUUCCGCGGCGCGCACGGCACGCGGUUCGAGUUCAACGGCGCGCCGGAGAAGUCGUACUGCCUGCUGACGGACUCGAGCCUGCACGUGAACAUGAAGAUGCGCGGGUACUACGACACGCGCACCAUCGGCGCGUCUCUGCUGCGCAACGGGCUGGCUGUGCGCACGUGGAUCCGCGAGCUGGGCUUCGUGUGGAGCGUUGACGGCGUGGAGCACUCUUUCCGCCUGGCGGCGCGCAACGGCAAGUCGGACAAGCGCGACAACGGCUUCCUCUCGCUCAUCGAGUUCGACGGCCGCGUCCUCCCCUCCCUCGAGCCCGGAGAGUCGUACAACCUGGACGGCGGGCUGGCGUUUGUGUUCAAGGGGUACGAGCAGGAGGGCGGCGGAUUCUUCGACGUGGACGCGUACUCGCUGCGCAUCGGCGACAAGCUGGCCAUGGACAUCAAGCUGAGGCCCGCGCACCCGCUGCUGCAAACGCCCGACGACGCGCAGGUGCACUUGAACGUCAACUUCAAGCACGUGUCGCGCUCUCCCUCGGUGCACGGCAUCAUGGGGCAGACGUACCGCGAGGGCCGCGCCGAGCGUGCCAUUGACUACGCCAUGCUGUCGCGGCUGCUGCGCACUCCCUUCUCUGCCGACGGCGACAACGGCCAGGGCUUCCUGGACGGCAAGUCCUCCGACUACGAGACGUCUGGAGUGCUCGCCACGGACUGUGGCUACUCCGCCUUCUCCAAGGCUGUGUAA